AUGCACUCCAUCUGGCGGAGUCUCUGUUUCUUCCGCCUUUUUGUACUUUCUCCCAGUCGAGUUGUAUCUCCCUCCCUCGCACAGACAGAUAGAGAGAGGAGAAACCACAAUCCUCUCUCUCUCUCUCUUUCACUACGCAAUCCCCAAUUCACACAACAGUCAACCCCAAAGCCAAGUCAAAGUUAUGGACUUCCACCGAAACCACCACAGCACCACCUCCCCCACAUCAUCUGCCUCCUCCACCACUACCACCACCAUCCCCAUUCCCAACCCUAACCCUAACCCUAAUCCCUCCUCCAACUGCAUCUCUACCGACGACCCAAUGCACUCCUGGUGGGAGUCCAUCUCCAAGGCCCGCUCUCGCAUUCACUCCUUGUCCUCUCUCCUCCCCCCUUCUCUCUCUUCCUGUCUCUCCUCCCUCGCCGACUCCGACCGCCCGGCCCUCUCCCUUCUGUCCUCCCUUGAGUCCUACGACGCCGUUUUUUCCGCUCUAUCCUCCCCUCUCUCCGGUUCAGGAUCCGACCCCCUCUGCCACUGGCUCUACGACACCUUCCUCUCCUCUGACCCCCAUCUACGACUCGUCGUUUUCUCUUUCCUCCCUGUCAUCUCUGGCCUCUACCUCUCCCGGGUCCAUUCGCUCUCCUCUGACUCUCCCUCUCUUCCUUCCCUCGCCGGCUUCGAAGCUGUUCUCCUGGCCCUCUACGCCGCCGAGACCAAGGCUCGAAACGGCAAGCCUGUUGUCGUUUCGAUCCCAGAUCUCUCUCAGCCCUCUCUCUACCACACCCCUCGAGAUCACAAGCCCAACCCCCUGGCUGCCCCUAUUUCCCCCCACCAGUCAAUUGGGGUUUUGUCGCCGCCUCUGGAGCCCCAGAUCGCCGUCAAGUCCACCAAACGUGCCUGCAUUGUCGGCGUUGCCCUCGAUUCCUAUUACAAGCACAUUUCCCAGAUGCCCACUUGGUCCAAGAUUGACUUUUGUCGAUUCCUAGCUUCUUGGGCCGGCCAGGAUUGCCAUUGUCUGCACCAAGUCGGUGACGAUGAUAACAGUGAGCCCGACAUUACUCCGGCAUUGUUCUUGGAGGGCGGCAAUGAGAUUGACGAUGUGACUGAAGAAAUGGAUCAGUUAAUGAGAUUUGAGAAGAAAAAUAUUUGCAAUGGUGUAGUUUUGGAGUCAAAGGGGUCAAUUAUUCCAUUACCUUGGGAGCUUUUGCAGCCAGCGUUGCGAAUAGUGGGGCAUUGUCUGAUGGCCCCAUUGAAUUCUCAUGACAUUAAGGACGCGGCUUCUGUUGCAGUGAAGCGAUUGUAUGCUCGGGCAUCUCAUGAUUUGGUGCCACAGGCGAUUUUAGCUACUCAGAGCCUAAUUCAGCUAGAUAAGAGGGCACGGGAGUCUGCCAAGGCUACUGCGGCUGCUAAUUCGUCUUCAAACGCUAACACCCCAAGCAAAGCUAAGAACCCCGAAGUACUUUUGGUCUCAAAAUGAGUAAGUGGUUGGUUGGUUUGUAUUCUAUUUGGUUUUGCAGAUUGCAGGUACUGGAUGUUGUAUAGCUAUAUAUUCGACAGUUAGCAGUUGCUAUAGGUUACUGUUUUAUGCAUGUCAAUCGGUUUUUGUUUGUAGAUCCUAGUGUCAUGUAACUUCUAAUUAAAGGUUUGCUUGUGGCUAGUUUAAUUUAUGAACUAUGCCCUUGUGUAUUUUCUUCCAAGUGUUUCUUGAGUAAUUAUUGUUUUUCAUUCAUCUUGUACUCACAAAACAUGAUGAAUGAAAGUUACAGAUUAUUGGUAAUUUAUACUGUUUGCCA